UAUUGUUUGUAAUCUAUUUUGUAAAGUACUUCUAUUCAGUUUUCUGCUAAUAUAAAUUACAUUCCUUUUAAAAAUUUCCAAGUUUUCAAUCAUAUAAAGAAUAAUGAAUAAUGAAAAAGAAGUGGAUUUGUAUCGAGAUACCUAUGUGAGAUACUUAGGCUAUGCAAACGAGGUUGGAGAGGCAUUUAGAAGUCUAGUGCCGAAGUCUAUUGUAUGGUCUAGUUACGCCAUAGCGAGUGGAUAUGUACUCGCAGAUACAGUACACAAGGGUGCAAAAGUUUACAAAGUUGAUACUACUCUGCAAAAAACAAAAAAUGUUUUGUUAUCUACAUCAGAUACUCUGAUAUGGCAGACAUUUGCGUCUAUAGUAGUUCCUGGUUUUACCAUAAAUAGGAUUUGUGCAGCAGUUCAAUUUGCACAAAAAAGAAGUACAAGAGCAGUUUUGAAGAAACCUUGGAUUUCAAUACUUAUUGGUUUAGUAUCUAUACCUUUCAUAAUACAUCCUAUAGAUCAUGCUGUGGAAGGAGCAAUGGAUGUUUCGUAUAGGAAAUGGACAGGUUACCAUCCAAAAGCACCUCUAUGUGGAAUAGAACAUUAGUAAUGAAGUAAGUGAUUACAAUUAUAGUAUGUCAACUUGAGAGAGGUCAUACUUAAACAAACAAUGUUCAUGAAUAUAUUGAAGAGAUACUUAUCCCAUUUUUUAUAUGGGAUGUAAAAUGCCUUGCUAAUAAUGAUAAAAGAAUAUAAUUUUAUUUUUUUAUAAGCACUAUAUAUCAUCUAAAGAUGAUAAUACAAUGGCUAAAUUUGCUUGAAAGUAGUUUUUAUUGAAACUGUUCAUUAAAAAUAAAUCAAAAUUCUUUAAUAUAACAUAUGAAAUAAGAAUAAUUUGAGAUAAGAAAUGAUACACAAAAUAAGAGAUUAAAAUAUAAAAUAAGCUCUAUACAAAAGAAGUUUUAAAAUUGAUAUUUACUUAAUUGAACAUAAGACUAGCUUGAAUUAUUGCGACCUCUCUUGGUUUAGAUAGCAAAAUAUUACUGCCAAAGAUGUUCUAAGAUAGUAUAAUAAUGCAUUUAGAAUAUAUUAUUGUUAGUCGCAAAAUUGUUAAAUACUUUUGUUAUGAUGUACAUAUAUUAUUUAUAUGUGCAUUAAGAUUUUUAGUGCGUUAGUUUUCUUGCACAAUUGUUAAGCUAUUGAAUAAAGAUGUUG